GUUCUCAUGUAUAAAGCCUGUUUUGAAAAUUACAGGGAGAUAUUCAGAUUUUAAAAAGCCUUAACUCCAUUAUCUAUGACAGUAUCAAAACCUGAUCAUUAAUUAAAAUCAAAUGGGCUAUUUGCCAUCAGUGACACACCUACUUUUUGGACGCUACACAGGUUGGAGAGUGAAACUAAGAUGGAAUGGUGUGAAUGUAGAAGGAGCAACGCACAAGCAGGUGGUGGACCUUAUUCGAGCAGGAGAGAAGGAAUUAAUACUGACAGUGUUAUCCGUUCCUCCCCAUGAAGCUGAUAACCUAGAUCCCAGCGAUGACUCUUUGGGGCAAUCAUUCUAUGACUACACGGAAAAGCAAGCUGUGCCCAUCUCCAUUCCCACAUACAAACAUGUGGAGCAGAACGGCGAGAAGUUUGUGGUUUACAACGUUUACAUGGCAGGCAGGCAGCUGUGUUCAAAGAGGUACCGGGAGUUCGCCAUCCUCCACCAGAACCUGAAGCGGGAGUUUGCCAAUUUCACCUUUCCACGCCUGCCGGGAAAAUGGCCUUUCUCUUUAUCAGAGCAGCAGUUGGAUGCCAGGCGCCGAGGGCUGGAGGAGUACCUAGAGAAAGUAUGUUCGAUACGAGUCAUUGGGGAGAGCGACAUCAUGCAGGAGUUCUUAUCGGAAUCAGACGAGAAUUACAAUGGUGUGUCAGAUGUGGAACUGAGAGUAGCACUACCGGACACUACUACAGUGACAGUCAGGGUAAAAAAGAAUAGCACCACAGACCAGGUGUAUCAGGCUGUGGCUGCUAAAGUAGGAAUGGACAGCACUACAGCAAACUACUUUGCCUUGUUUGAAGUGAUCAAUCACUCCUUUGUGCGUAAACUGGCGCCCAAUGAAUUCCCGCACAAGCUCUACGUACAGAACUACACUUCGGCUGUGCCGGGGACGUGUCUGACUAUCAGGAAAUGGCUCUUCACUACAGAAGAGGAAGCCCUUCUGAACGACAAUGACCUUGCCGUUACCUACUUCUUCCACCAGGCUGUAGAUGAUGUGAAGAAAGGUUGCAUCAAAGCCGAGGAAAAGUCCUACCAGUUGCAGAAGCUGUCUGAGCAGAGAAAGAUGGUCAUGUAUUUAAACAUGUUGCGGACAUGUGAGGGUUACAAUGAGAUCAUCUUCCCCCACUGCUCCUGCGACUCUCGGCGGAAGGGCCAUGUAAUCACAGCCAUCAGCAUCAAGCACUUUAAACUCCAUGCCUGCACAGAGGAGGGUCAGCUAGAGAACCAGGUAAUAGCAUUUGAGUGGGACGAGAUGCAGCGGUGGGACACAGACGAAGAGGGGAUGGCGUUCUGUUUUGAAUACGCACGAGGAGAGAAGAAACCUCGAUGGGUUAAAAUCUUCACGCCAUAUUUCAACUACAUGCACGAGUGCUUUGAGCGGGUGUUCUGUGAGCUCAAGUGGAGGAAGGAGGUGGAGGAGGAAGCAACAGACAAGGAUAACAAGAACAUCAGUAAAGACAAUAUGUGCAGCAAGGGGGUCGAUGGGAGUACUGGAGUCGAUGGGGGAGUGAUCAGCAGUCAAUUUAGCGCAUCCUUACUAGACCCACUAAAUCAACCCCCAGGUGAUCAAUCUCCGCAACAUUGAUCUCCCGAAUAUCUUUCAGAUGGCCAGGUCACAGCAGAGAGACGCCGCCACUUAGCCCCUCCUGUCACUGAAGAACGUAACCCUCCCUCCCCAAAAUUAACAUUUAAAAAAAGAUUUAAAAAAUUCUGUUAUUGUAUUAAAAGCCCUUAAACUAAAUAUUAUUAAUAACAAUACCAUUUGUGAAUUUCAUGGUUAUGAAAUUAAGCAACUAGGAUAAAACCAGCAGGCUUAUCAGAGUAACAAGAGGGGAAAACUUUUCAAAAACAGACGAAAUCCACCCAAGGGUAUUCUGUUUUUCUUUUUUUGUUUCACUUAGGUCCUGCAUUGGAAGAUGGACUGUGCUUAUAUUAUAUUUUUUACAACUGGAAAUAGAAAUGCCAUCCAUUUGCACUGUUCAGACAUAUAUAUGUAUGUAUGUAAAAAAGAAAAAAAAA